GCCCCGCGGUAGCUAGAUGAUGGAAGCUGAAUGAAGCGACUAGCUAGUGACAACAACAUUACUGUUUAUUAACUGCCAUUAAUAUGAUGGGACAGGAAACGGAAUAAUAAAGACGUUUGGGAGCAGUGUAGGGGACCCACCUACAGGGUUCUGCAUGCUCGGCACACAAGCUAAGCAGGACAUACAGUUGAUGCGUGGGGGCUUGCUAAUAACAAACGUUAGCAUGCGCUGGAUGGAGUUACACUUGGGGCGGAUGCAUGGUUGAAACUGUCAUAAUUAACGAAAAACACAUCUCGAGAGGGCUGAGGUCAAAUUACCACCAUGUACUCGAGCCCCAACAACCGCAUGAAGUCCAACUGCAACAGCAGCAGCAUCACUGAGCUGCUGGGUGCCCUGUGUGACAGCAGCCUGUCUGGAGUGUCAUGGAAACGCCGUGCCCUGGGUGGAGUCUCCAGGGAAGGCUUCCACAGAGCUCUCAAGAGGUGUGCCUAUGGCGCCCUGCUGUCAAAUCUAUUUCAAGAUGACACCAAAGGGACUGCCUCAGGAGGACCGAGUGCCACAGCUAGUACACCAGCCAAAAACAAAAUCCUGAUGAUAUGUUUUGACUUGCGGGUGGCAGGGUGCCGAGAGGAAGCAGAGAGGUUGGAAGAGCAACUGGGGAUGCUGCUGGAGGGAGCAUCCUCUGGCCUGAAGGAAGUAGAUGCAGUCCUUGAACUCUUGGUACAACUAGCUGGUUCUGCACCUCCCCCCCCUACCUCUUUCAGCAGGGACUACAUGAGACGAGAGAGGACCGUGGUGCGGAAGCCUCAACCCUGGAGCUACCAGAGCGAGGAGCUGCAGAGGCUGGAGGCCCGGUCGUGGGGUCUAGUGUGUGGGGAGGAAUGGGGGACUUUGGAGAGUUUGUGUGGAACUCAGAGGUUGAUGGCUUCCCUUCCAGGCACGGGACUGCUGGCUUUGAGAACUAAAUUGGAAGCGGAAGAAAGAUUUGAGAGGGAGACCAGGAUGACACUGUUUGGAGCAUUGCAGCACACUCGCACCUCAGACAUUGACAUAAGACUGGACCUGCCUCCUGUUCCCAGUAAUAUUGACGUAAUUGGGCUGGCUUUGAAGGUCCCCCCGUUCUUAGAUCAGUCUGAGGAUGAGGGCUUCCAGUCAGCUUCCAACAUGACCCCGGACUCCCAGUCAGAGACCAGCUCCGUUCCAGACGUUGAUAUAUGGGACGCUCUCCGCACGUUUGAGCCUGGAAGACGGCGCUGCUGGGAGUCUGUCGGCUGCCCACCGGGGAAAAAAGAGUCCCUCUAUCUAACAGAGGGAGGCAGGGAGGCCUUUGACCAGCUCUAUCGUCUAUGGGAGGGGGAGAUGCGGGUUGUUAGCACUGCCACACCCUCUCCGCUCCUCCCGCUGCCCCUGGACACUCAGGCACAACUGGUAUUUGACCUCCUCAACGUCUUGAUCGGAGUGGCGUCCACAACCUUCCCUCUCAACCAGAGUGUUCAGUUUGACGUCAGACCUGGUGUGUGCGUGUCAGGAGCCUCUCCAGAGAGUGUGUCUCGUCUCUUAGGGGAGCUGGCCCAGUACGGCACCCACUACUUGAGGCUUAGCCGCUUUUCUCUCCAGAGUGCUGACAAAAAAGGCCUAGUCUUCCAGGCUUUUACAGGUGGUCUGCGGAAGUAUCUGCAUUACUACAGGGCUUGUGUUCUCAGCACUCCACCCACCCUCAGCCUGUUGACUAUUGGCUUCCUCUUCCGCAAAGUGGGCCGCCAACUAAGGUAUCUGUCAGAACUGUGCUGUGUAGAUGGACCUAUAGGCGCAGGCCAGGCUACCUUCCCUGUGGGUGUUAAACUGAUGUCCUACCUGUACAAUGAAGCACACAAUAACUGCAGCAACGAAAACUACCCGGUCCUGCUGUCGCUGCUGAAGAGCAGCUGUGAACCUUAUACACGGUUUGUGUCUGACUGGGUGUACAGCGGCGUGUUUCGGGAUGUUUAUGGAGAAUUCAUGAUCCAAGUCAAUGAGGACUAUCUCGGCUGCAGAGACAAACACUUCUGGGUCCAAGGCUACACUCUGAUCUCAAAGGAUGUGGAGGACUGUGUGCCCGUCUUCCUGAGACACAUCGGCAAUGAUGUGUACGUCUGUGGAAAGACCAUCAACCUCCUUAAGAUCUGCUGCCCGCAGCACUACAUCUGCUGGUCGGAGCUGCCGGUGCCUCGCAUUGCCGUCACCUUCUCCCUCCGGGAGGUGGAGGAGAUUGAGAGGGACUGUGCUGUGUACCGCGGACGCAUGGAGAGGGUUGCUAAGCACAGCGCCAUCAGCAGGGAGGAGCAAGCCCAGCGAGCAGAGCAGGCACGCCAGGAGCUGAUCAAUCAGGUCAGAGACUCAGCAGCCAAAACCCUGGAGAGCAUCCGCGGACGCCAGGUGUCUCAACGUCUGGCUGUGGAGGCCAAAAAGAGGGAGCGUUUUGAGGAGCUGAAACAGCACCUGGAGCAGGAGCAAGAGUGGCGAAGUGUAGCCGCGAAGAAGCAUGAGGGGGAUGACUUCAGCUUUGCCAGAGAGCUGAGGGAUAGAGAAAAGCGACUACAAGCCCUGGAGGAGCAACUGGAGCAGAGAGCCAGGAAUGAUCUGAUAGCUCAGUACAGCCGUAUGUCAGAGGAGGCAGCUUGCCGAGAGAGACGGGCCAUGUGGCGGGUGCAGCGAAUGAGACUUGACGAAGCCCGGGCUCAGUUCAUCAUGCAUGACAGGCAGCAGACUGAGGCAAUGCUAGAGAAAUAUCCUUUAGGCCAGGGGAGACCUCCCAUGGAAGUGUUGCCACCUGUUCUCUCAGCGCAACAGACAGCACCACAACCAACACUGGAAUCUCUCACUCAGGACCCGUCUGAGAAGCAACCAGCGGAGACUCAAGAAUCUCAUGCUGUAUCAUCACCGCCUGACCCAUCUUCAUCCACCCUCAAGCCCCUUACAGUAGACCCUGCCCUCAUCUCUGAGGACAUCGACAUCAAUGAUUUUCUCCCCAAGUCAUCAAAUUCUGCCAGUCAACAGGUGGAUAUCGCCCUACAGGAGAUCGGCUCCGACCUACCUGAAGUGUGUCCUACAGCACAAGUAGUAGACUAUGACUUCUGUGCCCCCUUUAGUCCAUUUGAGGGUAUCACUGGCCAAGCCUCAGUCCAGCCCCGGCCACGCUGGGGAACUGAAGUCCAGCAUGACAUGAUCCAAAACCAUCCCUCUUUUUCUCACAUCCCCAUAGGAGAGAACAUUUCUCAAGUCCAGGAUGGUCUCCCCAAAGCCAGCCCCUUUGGCCAAGCCACCAAAUCCAUCUUUCCUCUAGGCCAAUACACCCAGGAGGAGCCCCAAAAUAGAUCUAAAUCAUCAAACAUUUAUGGACAUCCCUCUCAAGCCUCAGUGCAGCUAGUAGAUGGGAGCGGCUCAAUGACAGACAACAAGCAGGCGGAAGAACCGAAGACUGAAAUGGUGAAUUUAGAAAUUAAGGUAGAGGCAAAUAAAGACGAGGGAAAAUCUGUUGAGGCUGCAAAAGACGAUGAUGUGUUUGAUGCGGCCCUGUCCACCACACCAGAGCAAAGUGGCAAAGAUGAUUGUCAUCACAAAGCAGUGACCAGUCUUUCUGACUGUGGUAGGAUUGAUCCCCCUGAUGCAAGUGCACAAGAUAAAGCUGAUGAUAAUAUUUCUUUGCCAAACACUCAUGUCUCCAGUGCUCACCUAAAAGCCGGAGAGCCGGUUUCAGAUGCCGUUGCCCAGCAGCCUUCACUUGGCAUCCACGGACAUUCCUCUGAUGCUCACAUAAAGAUCGGACAGCUUGUAUUGGAGGUAACCGCUCCUCUUCCAUCCCCUAACGUCCACGGACAUGCCUCUGAAUCCCACAUCAAGAUUGGAGAACAUGUUUCGGAAGUUGUUGCUCCUCAACCUUCCGCCAGUGUUUACGGUCACUCUUCAGAUGAUCACUUUAAAGUCGGUGAGAAUGUUUCAGACGUCGAUGCCCCUCUGUCCUUCCCCAACGUUCAUGGUCACAGUUCAGAUUCCCACAUUAAAGUUGGAGAGAAUAUUUCAGAUGUUGUCACACCACUUCCUGCUCCCAGCAUCCACGGUCACUCCUCUGAUGCUAAUAUAAAAGUGGGCGAGUUUGUGUCCAACGUACCUGAAGCAAGACCUCGUCAUAGUAAACAUGGGCAUGCCUCAGACGACACGCUUAAAUCCGGCUGUGUCGUAUCUGGAGAUGAACCUGCCUUGUCUGCUCUACCUGGAAGCUCUUAUGGUCACUCUUCAGACUCAGGGUUGGGUGGUGGAUGUGUAGUUUCAGGAGACGAACCCAAACGUUCUCCUCUACCCGGCUGUGUCCACGGUCAUUCUUCAGACUCAAAUUUAGUCAAUGGAUGUGUUGUGUCCAAAUCUGAACCACUUCUAUCACCAAUACCCGGCAGCGCCUACGGCCACUCCUCUGAUUCUACGCUGGGGGGGGGUUGUAUGGUGUUGGGGAGAGAGCUGCAACCCUCUGCACUAUCAGGCAGCACUUAUGGCCACUCAUCAGAUUCUUCACUUGCAGUUGGGUGCGUGGUGAAGGCCAGUGACAUCUUGAAUCAGCAGAAGACAGGAGACAAUGAAGAUGUUUCUAAGUCGGACAGACCUGGUGAGCAGAUGGAUGAGUUCACCGAGGCCUGGGCAGGCGGCUUUAGUUUGUCCCCUGGGGAGAAGUCUGAGCAGGAAUACCUCUUGGCUUUGUGUGCUCAGUACGAGGUGGAACAAUACGAAGACUGCUACAACCUAAUGGCUUCGUCCCCCGAGUGUCAGCUGCUAAAGCAGGUAACUCGGGGCCCCUGGGGCCUUCCUAUGGACCCCAUGUUACGCAGAGCCACAGACACCACUGCUGUCCAUCUCAGCGAGAUGGUUUCCCUGCCAGUUCUGAUCAAACAGGCAGUCACUACCCCGCUCAUCACACAUGUAUCUUUGGUGAACAAGGCAGUUGUGGACUACUUCUUUGUGGAGUUAGGUGUGGAGAGACACUUUGAAGCACUGCGCCAUUUCCUGCUGAUGGAGGAUGGCGAGUUUGCACAGUCCCUCAGCGAUCUGCUCUUUGAAAAGCUGGGCAGCGGCCAGACUCCUGGCGAGCUGCUGACCCCUUUCGUCCUGAACUCCAUCCUCAGUAAGGCGCUGCAGUACAGCUUACACGGGGACACCCCCCUAGCAGGUAACUUCACCUUCGCUCUGCGCUUCCUCCCAGAGACCUUCCACCCGCACGCCCCUGAUUCUCUCAACUGUCUGGAGCUACGCUACAAGGUGGACUGGCCGUUGAACAUCAUCAUCACGGACAGCUGCAUGAACAAGUACAACCGUCUGUUCUCGUUCGUGCUGCAGCUCAAACACAUGGUGUGGAGCCUCCGCGAAGUCUGGUUCCACCUCAAGAGAACAGCGCUGGUGAAAGGUGCCGGUCGCUCGGUGCAGUUUCAUCAGCUGCAGCUAUACAGACAUGAGAUGCAGCAUUUUGUCAAGGUGAUACAGGGAUACAUCGCCAACCAGAUCCUGCAAGUGUCCUGGAGCGAGUUCACGGCCAAGCUGGCCACUGCCAACGACCUGGACGCCAUCCACCGCACUCAUGCAGACUACCUCAACAGAGCCAUCUUCAGGGGUUUGCUGACGGAGAAGGCGGCUCCGGUCAUGAACAUCAUCCACAGCAUCUUCAGCCUGAUUCUCAAGUUUCGUGCCCAGCUGAUCGCACAGCCCUGGGGCAGCCAGCAGGGGGAGGCAGUGCACCCCAGCUUCAUUGCCAUGCAGCAGUCGUACAACACCUUCAAGUAUUACUCUCAGUUCCUUUUCAAAGUGGUGACCAAGCUGGUGAACAGAGGCUACCAGCCUCAUCUCGAGGAUUUCCUUCUCCGCAUCAACUUCAACAACUACUACAAAGACUCCUGAGCUGUGUUUUGUCUUGUAUGUCGUACAUGAGCUAAGUGCGAGUCCUUAGAUAACACAGGGUGGCAUAUGUUUUGUUAGAUACUUAUCCAAUGCAUCCAUCGUGUACCAUGUCAGAAAAUCAGACGUAUAUAAUACAUUCAUUUCAGUGUUCAAAAUAUAUUUAAAAACCCCCCCACCGGUGCUUUAUUAGGCCGUGCAGUUUGAACUACAUGUCUCGUGUGCUUGAUUAAAUGCUUUACUCCUAAAACUGUAUGCUGCCAAAGUUUGUAAUUGAGAUAAUGCUGAUGCCUGCUGUAAAGUCUGACACUCGGGCGUGCCUCCAGCUAUGUAGAUAAGUGCAUAUAAAUUAUGUAUUCUGUAAAUACAAAAGCAAAAAUGCCUUGUUCAUUAAAUGCUUUAUUCUCUAGUGUU